AUGAGGUCUUCUGUGACGGAAGAGGACGGGGCGAAGCAGCAAGAGGAGUGGGAGGUCAAAACAGGUCAGGGCGCCCUGGGACAAUCGGGAACACGCUGCAGACAAAGCACGGUCACCUGCGAUGCGUCGUCUGGACGGACCGAGGCACCUCACGCGCGUCGGCAGGAAGGGGAGGGAGAAUUGCGCCACCCGGAACUCUCCGGCAGCAAGACAGCAUCCGUCGAGCUCGCCUGGACAAAAAACAGCACCAGGCCGAGAGGCGCGGGGAGGGAGAGGCGACAGGACCAGGGCAGAAUAGAGAGAGAGUGA